AUGGAAUUGGCCAGUGGUGAGUUGAUCGAGUAUUUCAACGCCUUUAAUCCCGAACAGGAAUUACACCGCUACUACGAUAGAAUUUACCGGAAGACGGCCUCUCUAUUCCGCACAGCUUCAGAGACCGGCGCGGUGCUCAGCUCAGCUAAUGAGGAGCAGAUUAAGUCCCUCAGCGAUUACGGCUACAACAUUGGAAUGGCCUUCCAAGUGAUGGACGACUUGCUGGAUAUCCUGGGAGAAGAAGCCGAGUUGGGGAAGCCCGUUGGUAACGACCUGAGACAAGGGGUUUUGACCCUGCCCAGCAUUAUGCUUAUGCAGCGUUACCCGAAUAACAACCCGAUUCCUGAGCUCUUCAGGGAUCCCGAGUUGGAUGGCAAUCUGGUCCGGACCAUCGACAUGAUUAACAAUUCUUCAAUAAUUCCGGAUUGCUUUGCCAUCAUCCAUGAAUACUGUGAUGAGGCCAACCGGGUUCUGAGUGAGCUACCCAAAGGGGAAUGCCGGGAAUCGCUGGAAUCAUUGGCAGGCUACGUCAGAGAACGCAGCCGAUAA